AUGGCCACUAUGGAUGAAAUAGAUCGCCGGUUUACGAGCGGCUUCAACGCUGCUGUUGAGCUCCGCGAACAGGACGAAUUCGAUCAAUGUACCGAGGUCUUGCGCAAAUUACUCGCUGAUUGCGCUAUUCCUAGAUACCACCGUAUGAGGUGUCUCACAAUGCUUGCAUGCACUUUAGAAGACUGGCAUGAGGCAUACACCUGUUACGUCAAGGGUGAAACCAUAUGGCGUAUCACGAAGCAAUGGCAUCGUAACAGCACAAACCCGACCGUGAACAGAGCGCUGGAUGAACUUCAUGAGGCUUUGGAAGACGUAAAGCUAGGCUUACUCGAAGACGACAUACGACCUGAGGACACACCAGUUCCGGAUGUUGAGGCCGAUGUGCUUUAUGCGAUAGCAGUAUACACUGCUGGGGUGGAGGAGAAUCAUGAGAUCGUGGAGGCAGAGGAAGAGACGUGGUUCGAAGACGAGAUGAGCGACGAGGACAUGGGCGGUGAAGAGGACGUGAGCGAUAGGGAAACGAUGGUCGAGGUUGAGCAUACAUUGAACGGCAAAGAGGAGAGCGAGGCGCAGAAGGCUGGCGAAGAGGAGACAGCGCUACAGGAUCAAAAGCCAAAGGGCGAGAUGGUACGUCUGAAAGCUAUUGCUGUUGAAGAGGUUGUGUUGACAUCGUGCAGGUGCUACCAUACCGUCCACCACACAUACGCUGACCAAAUUUGGGUAGAGACAGGAAAUCAUGUCAGAGAAGUCCUUGAGGCCACAUGCUUGAUUGAGCACCCAAGUUUGAGUCUACGAUAG